AUGGCUACCAAGUCAUCCAUCCUACAUCCUCCAAAUGAGACGGAGCACUCUUCGUCGAGGAUCACCCGCGAGGGUAAGAAGAUCACCUACUCGCUCAGGGUGAUGCAGCAGCCAGAGCGCGCCAGAGCUUGCGGUGCCGGUGCGAAGUCGGCCGCCGACCGUCGUCCUGUCGACCCGCCACCGAUCGUAGAGAUGCGCAUCUUCGAGUCAGACCCAAACAACGACAUGCAAAAGACCGAUGUCACCUUCUCCUACAACGCCAACUUCUUCCUCUUCGCCACGCUCGAGUGGGCUCGUCCAUAUGCCCACGGCAGAGUCCAGGGUCAGCCGACUGCGUGUCCGGUUCUCACCGGUGUCCCAGUGGCGGGCAUCGCCUACCUCGACCGUCCCAGCCAGGCCGGCUACUUCAUCUUCCCAGACCUCUCCGUCAGGCACGAGGGUCUGUAUAGGCUCAACUUCAGCCUGUACGAGGAGCCCAAGGAGAGCAAGGACGAAGACAAGGUCCCUCCAGCUCCUGUCGGUACCGUCUCAACCACCGGUAUGACCAUGCCCAUGAAGUCAAGACAGCCCAUGAAGAGCAUGUAUUUCCGUCUGGAAGUCAAGACCGUCGCCUUCACCGUCUUCAGCGCGAAGAAGUUCCCUGGUUUGUCGGAGAGCACCACCCUGUCGCGUAUUGUGGCCGAGCAAGGUUGCAGAGUCCGCAUCCGUCGUGACGCAUACCAGUCCACCACCACCUCUCAGCAGAUGCCUCCUCCAUCUUCUCUCGCCAUUCCAGCUCCAUACAACCCAAGCACGGCAAACGAUAUCAUAGAGCCAGCAACGCCAACAGACCAGGCACAGUCCUCUCACUCCACCUCCAGCUCACAGCCACAGCAACCAACCUACGAUCCCACCCCCGGAAAAGGCUGGUCCUACCGCCCUGAACCCCUUCUUUCCUCCAAACGAGGACACAGUGACGUCUUUGGCGCCGCCCAGCACACCCAGCCGCUCCACCACGGCAAGAGGGCAGAUUCGAUCGUUACACCAUCUAGUUCGUCUGUUGGUGCGCGAGGAAGCCUCCUUUCUCGUAUCGCACGCCUACAGGAUCUCGACGACGAUGAGAAUGGUAUCACCGGUAUGACCUACAAGCGAGCAGACGGACGAGUAGCCACCAGGAUGGCAGGCCCUGCUCGAGUAUCUUAA